AUGGAUAACUAAUUUUAUAAUUAAGACUCGUUAGCAUUUGGUUCACCUUAACCAACAUCCCAGCUCCAACCUUCCAAAGCAAUUAAGUUUGACAAUGUACCCACCAAAUAAAAUAAACAACAUUCCAAUGUCAAAUUCAAAGAGGCUUCAAAAAAGGUUUCGCAAUAGAAAAUAGAUUCAGUCUAAAAAGUGCGCCCAUCCAGUGCGUAGAAACAGGAGAAGUUCAAACCCUCCUGGAAUGAUAAGGUCGAAGCCAAACCGAAACAAUUUGAUAAUUUGAAGAAGAAUGAAAUAUUCAAAAUUGAAACCAAAUUGCAAAAGGAAAAAAUUGAAAGAGAAAAGGAGAAUAAGAAACGACAAUUAGAGAACCCACCACCCGCAGCUGUUAAAUCGUAUGCUACGAUUAAAGACAUCGAAACACAAUAUAAGAAGGAUGUUUCUGAGAUGAAGAAAUAGAAGAGAGAAUUGGAACAAUUGCAAUGGAUGAUAGACUAAGAGAAGAAAUUGAAGGCAGAGUAGAAUAAACAAUUUGAAGAAAAGUUAAGGCAAAUGAAAACACAACAACAUCCUGAUAUGGCCUAAGACAUUAUGAAUGCCAAGAAGAAGGGUAUGGAAAAUAAAGAAUCACCAUACAAAACAAAAGAAUAAAAGAAACAAGAUAAAAAAAAGCAACUAGAAAAAAAUGUUGAUGACAUCUAUGUUGAACCACAAUAAAAUAAUUAUCCUAUUUGGAAGGAUGGAAUCCAAUUAAUUCAUUAUGAAGCCAAGAAACCAUUAUUACCAGGGGAGUAUGAUUAAAAUGAUUUGGAUUUGAUACCUUAAAAGCAACCUUAGUAACAGCCAUAAUAAGUGAGGAUUGAUGAUAACAAAUUGAAAAAUGAAUUGAUUGAAAUCUAAAAAAGAGAAUUGCAGAGACAACAUGAAUUAGAUGCCUUAAUAGAUAAACAUUAAUAAUUGCUGAGAUCUGAAGCUCAGAAUCCGAACAAACAUUAUAAAGAAAUCAACGAAAAGUUGGAUAAGAUCAAGGGAAAAGUAGAUCCAUUAGUUAAGAAGAUUGAUAGUGUAUAAAUUGAAUAUCCAUUCACUGGACAUCUUUUAGCAAGAGGAGUCUCUAAAAUGAUUUAGGUACAUUCUGAAAGAUUGACUGAAUUGCUGAUUGAUGAUUUACUAUUUGAAAUGGUAGACAUACUUGAUACAUUGGAAAUGAAGAAGAAAGAGGAAGAAAGACAGAGAUACGAAUAGAUGGCACUGUGUGAUUACAUAGAAGCUGUGAAGGACAUCGCUUUAGAUUAAGACAAGGUUGAACAGAAUUUCUAAUAAACACGAUAACAAUUUAUGAGAGACACAAGACUUGAUCAAUAUGUACCUGUUGAAUAAUUGGGUAGAGAUCAAUAAUUCUACAUUAAUCCCAUGGACCGUUUUCGUUCAAUAGAAUUGUCAAGUGGAUUCAUAAUUAAGAUAAUGGAAGACAGAAAGAGGAGGAUUUAGUAUGUUACUCAAGAUAAGUAAUAUUACCCUAAGAAUCUUGAGUAAUUUGAUUUAAUAACCGAAGCAAUACUUGAAGAGAUCAUUUGGGAACGAGCAGCUGCAUUGUAUUAGAGUAGUGAUGAAAUGGCAGAAUAGAUAUUUAUUAAUGAAUUCAAAUGAUUCUUUUCUUAUAGUAUUAACUUAUUAAAA